AUGCCUAACUACCUGAAGGAAAAAGGUUUAAUUAAACACGGCAAUUCUGGUAGAAAUGAUGUUAUUGAUAAUUCUCAAACUAAUAUGAUGACGACGAUCAUUCCAGACAAUGUUCCAGUUCUUCCCACUCCGACACCGAGAGAGCGCCCCGUGCCGCCGCCUAAGCCAAAACAUCAGCCAAUCCAAGUGGCGAAUUUAGCAGAUUACAUAACACGUAAAAAGGCCGCAGGUAGAGGUCACAACCUGGAGGCAGAAUUUAUGGAACUCAAAGAAGGGCAGAAUGGAGAAUGGAAAGUUGGCGGCAAAAACGUAAAUCGUCCAAAAAAUAAGUUCACUAACAUAGCGGCAUACGACCAUUCUCGUGUAGUGUUGGAUAUCACGGACGGCGACGAGAACUCAGACUACAUAAAUGCGUCCUAUAUUAAAGGCUACAAGAAUACAACAUACAUCGCCACACAAGGUACAAAGAGUGUUACAGAAAAAGAUUUCUGGAGAAUGAUUUGGCAGGAAAAAGUGAGAACCAUAUUGAUGGCAACCAAUCUCAUCGAACAAGGACGGGAAAAAUGUACGCAGUAUUGGCCUGAAUUACACAAAACUUGCUCAAGUGGUGUGUUUAUUGUGAAAAACCUCCACGAAGAACGCUUUGCUGAUUCGGUUAUUAGAACCUUCCACAUUUCUGAGAUUGAUAAACCACGUGAUGUUCGAGAGGUCAAACAGUUUCACUUCAGCGUGUGGCCCGAUAUGGGAGUGCCUAAAUACCCGUCAGGUGUCUUGUCAUUCUUACGUAGAGUGAAAGCCAGUAAUCCCGCCAAUGCUGGGCCCAUGGUGAUUCACUGUAGCGCGGGCAUUGGCAGAACCGGUACGUUCAUAACCAUAGACUCCAUGCUAGAAAUGGCCAAAGCAGAAAAUCAAGUCGACAUCUUCAACUUUGUUGAUAAGUGUAGGGAGGCUAGAAUGAACUUUGUACAAACCUCGGAUCAAUAUGCGUUCAUAUACACCGCUGUUUUGGAAGCUACGCUGUGCGGUAGUACGGAAAUACCUUGUGGAGACCUGAGAAUAAAGCUGGAGCAAUUGAAGAAAAGAAAAGGAAAGAAAACCGGUCUACAACUGGAAUUUGAAAAUCUUGCUAAGCUGUGUCCAUUCCCUCACAAAGAUGAGUUCAAGUCUGCGAGCGACCCGGACAAUGCGCACAAGAACCGAUACCCAGAUGUUGUGCCACUUGAUAGAUGCAGACCAUUCUUGAUGACACCAGCCAAGAAAGGCGACUACGCCAACUACAUUAACGCAAGUUUCCUCACAGCGUAUACACACGAAGAUGCAUUCAUAGCCACCCAGAUGCCAUACCCUCAUACUGUGGUAGACUUCUGGAGAAUGGUGUACGACUGGAAAUCUCUGACAAUUGUUAUGUUGAACGAUAUGACGGAAGAAAUGAAAGCCGGACAAUACUGGCCAGAUGGCGGAUCCGUUCAGCACGGUCCACUACGCGUUGAAGUUAUGUCCCUGGUACAACACGGCGAUAUUUUGGAGAGAAAAAUAAGCUUGCAGCACGUUGACAAAGUGGGAAAAGAGAAUCCCCGCUUCAUAACUCAGUUUCAAGUAAUUAACUGGCCCGAUAACCACAAAAUCCCUGGAUCAUUUAAUGUGAUAAUUAACAUUAUGAAUAUGGUAAAAACCUGGCAAAAGACAACAGGCGAUACACCGGUAACUGUACAGUGCAGUAAUGGAAUUGGAAGGUCCGGUAUAUUUUGUACUCUAGUCGCUGUGUGUGAGCGGAUCAAUGUAGAGCAAACGGUCGACGUCUUCCAAGCUGUUAAGACUUUACGACUUAAUCGACCUGGAAUGGUGGAAACCUUGGCGCAGUACACGUACUGUUAUGACGCCACACUCAACUAUCUGGAUCAAUUUGCCACUUAUCAGAACUUUAUGACUUAGGCACUGUCGUACCAUGGAAGCGGUAUUGGCGACGUUCUACUUUGUGGAUACAAUGUAAUUUUAACACACAACUCACCAAAUAAACCUUUGAUAUACGGUGACUUCGAUUUUUUGCAAGAUAAUGUGUGUGGGUGCAACACCGAGCCCACGCGGACACGAAUCAAAUUACACCACGGUUACUAGAAGUAACUAGAAGAAUAUUUUGUGAAAAUAAUUGUAUGUUGAUACAUUCUGACAUGAAAUAUUUACUUUGUUCGUACAGUUUUACUUUUAGUUUUACUUGUCACACUCGCG